AGAGGUGGGUUCGGCUUUUGAACAACCCCACUCGUUUGAAAAACGUCUCUCCUCUGUUCUGUUUCGUCAUCCCUGGUUCCCCGCAUCUACAAUACCUGUGAAGUGAGGGGUUAGCUUACAUACAGCAGAUUGCUAAUUCCACUAUCAACCAUGGAUAAUUGCUGAGCGCCCUGCUUUUCAAUUUGCCGGUGUUGUCGAGCCGGAUGGUCGUUGUCCCAUCCGCAUGAACUCAAUCGACCUCAAGAAUGUCAGAAGAAUGUGAAAAGAUAAUAGCAAGGCAUCCGACCGAUCCGUACUUCGAUCUCAACGAUACAUGCUUAAACGACUCUCAGCAUAGUGAACAAUGCCUGAUUGGUAUGCAGGAAUGGUCCCAGCCUUAUAUCAAGGUUGAAGCAGAGGAGGCAGAGCAGCGUCGUAAGCGGCUUCUGUUCCUGUCUCAUCUGAAGGAGUGUGCCCGAGACCCAGCAAGAGCCAAUGGGCUGUAUACACUAGAAGGUUUAGCGCAAGAGAGCUGCAUCUACGACAUCAAAUAUCCAAGUUGCAAUGCCUCUUCCAUAUCAAAAGUUCCAGGGAACAGCUUGGAUGAGAGGCAUACGCUUCAUUUUAGGAUGGCAGACCGACCGAAUGCAUAUAGAAUUGCCGUUCAGAGGCUCAUGUGCUUGGUUUGGGAUUGCCUCCAUUUGGCUCAACCUAGUACUCUGGAGGGGUGUAGGGGGAGAUUGGGGGACUGCUUUUGCAUUCGCGCAAAUUGUUGCAGCAUCGGUUGCGAUCGUUGUUACCUAUGUCCGGUCGUAGAUGGUUUGAAAGUAGCUGCUGGCCACAGAUCAAGUCAGCGAAGUGGACGAAGUAGUUCUUAAUGAUUUCGAUUAGGGGAUUACUAAUACUGUAACCUUUCCGUGCUACAAGGGAAGAACUCAAAGCUGCUUACUGUAUUGAUUACCUUGGUCACGC